GUAGGUACCGAUGUUUCAAGGCCCUUGCACAAUGCUGGCGAUAGCGAUAGUAAUAGCGAUAGCAAUAACACAGGAAUAGGAACAGAAUUCCAACACUAGGGAAUCCAUAUGCCAAUGCAGAAAUAACCACAGCACAGCACGGAAUAGGCGAUAGCGACAAAAUUUCCGUAGAGUUGGAAUUCUGUACCUAUUGCCUUGUAGCCAACCAAUCAUAGCGCUCAGAUUUUUGCCGAGACGCGUGUUUCUAGGUUUGAAUGUUUCGAGUGUACUGUACUGUUUUUAGAUUAUAUUUUAACCAUAUAAAGACUAGAGAUAAAUCUUCACGAUUUUACACUGUAGUGAAGUGAUGAAGUGAAAAGACACCAUCUCUAAAAUGGAUCAUUCUGAUUACACAGUAAAUAACUUUGAAGAAAGACAAUUCGAUACAUCGAGCGAAUAUUGUGAUAAUGUGAAUGACAUAAAUAGUCAUAAACACGGUGAUGAACUUUUAAUCGAUCUUGUGCGAUCUCGUCCUUAUCUUUACGAUAAAACGCAAAGAGAAUACAAGAACACGAAUAUAAAAGAAAAUGCAUGGAUAGAAAUGGCUAGCAUUUUGAAUAUUACAGUAUCAGAUUGCCAAACACGAUGGACACGCCUCCGUCAACGUUAUAGCAAAGAACGAAUAUUGCGUGAACAAGAAACCAGGAGUGGUGCUGGAAAGCCUACACGAUCAAAGUGGUUUCUCUUCGACAGCCUCAACUUUUUAGGAAAGCAUAUUGCCCAAAGAAAUAUUACGAAUAUGAGUUUUUCUCAGUCACCCACUUCAAUAAUACAUCAAGCAAAUAAAGGAAUAAAUCAAGAUUCAGAAGAAAACAUUAAGAAACAAAAAGAAAUAACUUCACCUCAGAUAACCAGCCAGAUGAUGUCGUUCUCUCAGAAUACAUCUGUAAUUUCCAGGAACAACAUAUCAUCAUUAGAACUUGAACAGCACCAGUCGCAGCUAUCGGGUUCAGCAGUAAAGCAAAAUAACAUCUCGACACCUUCUCCGAUACAUAUCUAUGACACACAACCUACACCAGUAUUAACACCUCCACCAUCACAGCAAUCGAUUGCUACAAUACAACACUCAACUACUGUAUCAGAACGAUCAGCUGUUUCAUCACCACAACCAUCAACUGCUUCCUCUUCGCAUCAAUUAUCAUUACCCUCAGAUUCUGAUUCUGAAAUAUUGAGUCCUCCAUCUACAUGUUUUAUGGGAAAACAAAAAUCAAUAAAGAAGCGAAAGAUCGACCCAAUAGAAAGUACGUUCUCUCAAAUUAAUACCACUCUAAAUACGAUGGCAAUGCAGGUAUGUUAAAAAAUGAAUCCAACAUCGGUCAGCGACGAUCCUGAUGUUCUUAUCGGAAAGCUGGUUACUGCAGAAUUAAAGAGUGCUUCUGAACCAAAGAAAAGUAUUCUGAAAAAAAAAUUUAUGGAAAUCUUAUAUUGUUUUGAUAACUCAAACUUAUAACUUUAAUAAAUUUUAUAAUGUUUUAUGAAAAUGUUUUAUGUAAAAAAUUUAUAGAAAUCUUCUUGUUCUGACAACUUAAACUUGUACCUUUAAUAAAUUUUAUAAUAAAUGUUUUAUGAAAAAU